AUGGACAUUCGUGCCCUACAACAGUCUCUGGCAAAUCAUUUUUCUGUUGGUGAACGUUUAAAUAAUUUUGCCGGAUGGGGAAUAAAAACCAUAAAAAGAUGUUUUAAGUUGCGUGAUUACGAUGCAACACAAACGGAGUUAGUGGUGGUUGGAAGUUGUUUGGCUGUAGGUGUUGUAACAGGAGGUGCAGCCAUGUUUCAUCAUUUCGAACAAUGGACGUAUUUCGAUUGCAUUUAUUACUGUUUCAUAACAUUGACAACCAUAGGUUUCGGUGAUUUUGUCGCAUUACAAAAAGAUCAAGCCUUAAGUUCAAAUCCACUCUAUGUUGUAUUAGCCAUGACAUUUAUUCUAUUUGGACUCACUGUUGUUGCAUCAUCUAUGAAUUUACUAGUACUAAGAUUUUUAACAAUGAAUACAGAAGAUGAAAGACGAGAGGAAAUCGAAUCUCAAGUGAGAAAUUCUUUAAGAUUUGAUAGUGAUGUAAUAACAACAGCAAAUGGUGAUUUAAGAAUACUUGCCGAACAUCUUGAAUAUUUAUCAAACACAUCUGAUUCAAAACCAUGCAAUUGUUUUGGAUGUUUAAAAAGAAAGAAAAAGCGUUAUACUGUAAGACGUUCACCAGGCAAAAUUGCUCAUUUAAUUCCAUUACAAAGAAUGGAUUCUGUAAUAACAGGAACUCGUUUACGAGCAGCUACUGGACAACAAGAAUCAAUCCACGCUUCGAACGAAAUUCCACGUUUAGAUCAAUUUAACGAUAAUCGAAAUCGCCCGUAUCAUCGCAGCGUGUCAUCGUCGACAAAACUACCAUUAAUGUCAUCAGAAAAGCGUAUUUCAAGUGAGAAUGCUCUUUUACCUACUACUGCAUCGUCUAUUCAUUCAGUUAGAAAUGAUCCUUAUCCAACAGAUAUUUCACAACAAACGCGUCUAUCAACAGUAUUAACAAAAUUUCGCCAAAGAUCAUCGGUGUGA